AUGUCUUCAUACAUGACAUAUACUCUUGGCAGAUUCCUCCCUGACACCCGAUCCAGAAUCAAUGACUUUCUUGAUGCCCUUUGUAAUGGAUGCAUAGUCUUCAUGUGUUCGCACUCGGUUCAUUUUAAUCAUACACACAGUUUGACGACUUUUGCUCUACAUCUGGGCCCCAAAAUCAAACAGCCUCCCCUACGUCUACAGCAUAUCUCUACAGACGUCGACCUCAGUCUCUACGAUUACUUUACUCCUUCCGGAAUCUUGAAGGUCACCAUUGCCGAUUCAGACUCCGCCGCUCAAUCACUUAUGAUCCUGAUUCAGGAAGGCUCGCAAACCCUUUUUGAUGCCAUCAACAACGCACACCGUUCUGAAACUGCCGUUGUGCUAGGCACUCAUGAAAGCAACCUCCUGCCCCACACGCCUCACACACUUAUCACUAUUCUAGAACCUCAGAACACCUUGGCAAGUCCGACCAACACCAAGCUGAAACAAGUUGUAGAUGCUAGACACCACGAGCUCUAUGAAUUCAGGAACACCAAGAUCUAUUGUACACUCAUGUUGUUUCAAAGCGAAGGAGAUCAGUGCUCCGGAUCAGAGUUGCGCCGUCUGGAUCUGAGAUUCGUCUCUUCUCAUAUGGACCAUACGUUGUCGAUCGUUGGUGUCGUCAUAUUUGAUACAGGCCAUCGACUGCUGCCAAAACUACUGGCUCUGAGAGAGACUCCCGAUACACACAAGAUGUUUCGCGACAGGGGCCAGGAUCAAAAGGCUUCACAAGACUGUGAACAGCUGAGUUCGAACAAACCUUCCGACCCUGUGCUUCAACGGGAUCUGAUCACUGCUGGCCUCACUUUGGUCGCUGAAACUCCAACGCCGAAGGAGCGUAAUGAUAACCCGACUGAUCCCAAUCAGCCAGACUUGGAAGACGAAGCAUUUGAGAUUCCCCCGGAGAUCUGGGACUUUUUGCUUGACGAACAACAGCGGUAUCCGGAUUAUUGGCUUUCACUUAACUCAUGA